AGCGCUCACGCGGUAACCACUGCUACCUUAAUCGCGUCAGGGUUCAGACUGAACUCCGCCAUCAUGGCGUCUCGCGACUACAAUGAAGAUGAGCGACAUCAACUCGAGGAAGAGUUGCACACCGAGAUUCUUCCCGGCACGGAGGUCAUGGCUGAUGUCGGCUCGCACCACUUCGUCAAAGGCGAUCAUGCGGUAGUCUUGGUUCCACAGCCAAGUGACGACCCUAACGAUCCGCUCAAUUGGAGUCCCGCUUGGAAGACGGCUACCAUCGUGUCAGCGGCCGUAGCUACCUUCUCUCAAGGAUUCGGUCCAUUGGCUCUUUCUCCAAUGUUCCCUGCCCUUAUGAAGGCUUUCGAUACAGACCUCGCUGGCGCCGUUCAAUUUACUGGCGUGUGUAUUCUUGUCCUGGGUUUCAGUAAUUUCAUCUGGGUUCCCAUGAGCUCCUCUUUCGGCCGUCGUCCCGUAUACCUUUUGUCCCAGCUCAUUAACUUUGGCACAUCGAUAUGGCGCGCAAAGGCAAAUUCUUAUGGCGCAUUCAUGGGCGCGUGCAUUGUCAACGGUAUCGGUGCUGGCCCUGCAGAGACUACCAUGCCCGAGGUCAUUGCCGAUAUAUUCUUUCUUCAUGACCGUGGCAAGUGGAAUACAUUAUACUGGGUGGUAUAUAUGGGCUCACUUACCGUCGGCCCGAUUGUGUCUGGCUCCAUGGCAGAGACAGUCGGGUGGCGCGACUUUUGGUGGCUAAACACCGCCCUCUUGGGUUUCUCGUUCCUCCUGUGCCUCUUUGCGUUUCCGGAAACAAGAUACAGGCGUGCUGUAGUACCCGUGCAAGAAGGCCAGGAAAAAACUCCUUCUCUCGAGGAGAAAACCAAAACACCCAGCCACAAGGAGCUGGGCAAUUCGGAUACAGAGCAGGAUGCCAACGAUAUCCAGAGAGCCGAGACUGCCAUCUCGCCAGCCGAAAAGGACCUCACCAUGUCCGAAACCCAACAGCGCGAUCCGCAUCUCGGCAAGGGUAGACCUGCUAAGUGGCAGUGGUGGGUUUUCCAGCCGAAUUCGAAUCCUUUCCGCACCAUGUUUCUCGAAAUCUGGGUUCCGUGGAAGCUUUUUACUUUUCCCAUUGUAGAGUUUGCUGCUUUCGUCGCCAGCUGGUCUUGCUCCUGUUUCCUCACACUUAAUCUCACACAAAGCCAAGUGUUUGCCGCACCGCCGUACAACUUCAAGCCCGUCUCUGUGGGUUUCACCAACUUUGCCGUCAUGGUCGGUACUAUGAUUGGCCUCUUUACCGCUGGACCACUCAGUGAUUGGGUGUCGUUACGAAGCACAAGGAGGAACAAUGGCAUUCGUGAGCCCGAGAUGCGGUUACCCGCUAUGAUCCCCUACGUCAUCAUCAUGCUUAUUGGAAACAUUGUCGUCUCGAUUGGCUAUCAGCGCAAGUGGGCGUGGCAAGUCAUUGUUAUUAUUGGAUAUACAUGCGCUGGUAUUCAGGUCGCUGCUUUGCCAGGUAUAGCCACCACUUACGCGGUCGACUCGUACAAGCCUGUCGCAGGAUCAAUCUUUGUUGCAGUAACAGUUAAUAAGAAUCUUUGGGGUUAUGGAAUGGGAAAGUUCAUUACUCCUUGGACUAUCGAAGAUGGCUUCAUUGGGCCUAUUAUGACUAACGCAGCGUUGACUACACUUUGGUGUUCCUUUGGCCUACUCUUCUGGUGGAAGGGCAAGGCGCUCCGUCGCUGGACAAGGAACAGCAGCGUCCACCAACAUGAAGUUUUGUAAUUUCGCACUAGACCUCUACGACUCUCGCAACAAUCUUUACUCCCAGCCGACUGUUGCACAAACCCAUAGCCUCUAUGUAUAUAAAACAAGACCCCCUUGACUAUUCAAGCAAAGAAGUCAACCUUUCCUAUCCAAGCGACUUC